GAACAACUGAGGAUCGACUGUUGUCUUUCUUACCUGGCAUCGUCUCCUUCUUCCUAAUAACCUCAUAUAGAUUACAAAAUGGCCAACAUUAUCAGUGCCGGACUACGCACAGGAGCUUUCACUAAACCUUCCACCUCCCUCCUCCGUCCUACACUUGCCAUCGCUCGACCAUUACACAACACUUCCAUCGCCCUCAGACCGAAUACCCCCUCCUCAUCAAUUAACUCAGCCGAUUCUUCUCCAUCCACUACAACACCCCUCACAGCCAUCGCCCAACAAGGUAGCAACCAACUAUCCCUCGAAACACCUCGUAAUGGAGCGGAAUACGUCUUGUCCACAUUGGACAAAGUGGUAAACUGGGCCAGACAAGGUUCCAUGUGGCCCAUGACUUUCGGACUGGCUUGUUGUGCGGUGGAAAUGAUGCACAUGGCAGCGGCGAGAUACGAUCAAGAUCGUCUGGGUGUAGUCUUUCGAGCAAGUCCGAGACAGAGCGAUAUCAUGAUCGUUGCUGGAACUUUGACCAACAAGAUGGCGCCGGCUUUGAGGAAGGUGUACGACCAAAUGCCUGAACCUCGAUGGGUCAUCUCCAUGGGGUCUUGUGCGAAUGGUGGUGGCUACUACCACUACUCUUACUCCGUAGUUCGAGGUUGUGAUCGGAUCGUACCUGUUGAUAUAUAUGUCCCAGGAUGUCCUCCGACCGCGGAAGCCCUGUUAUAUGGGAUGCUUCAGUUACAGCGCAAGAUGAGACGUAACCGUGCUGGAGUGCGUUGGUACAGAAAGUGAUCCGUGGCGAUAGUAUGUGAACCUCAGGUAUGGCGAUUGCUCCUUGGUUCUGGUCCCUUUCUGGUCCACUUGAUGCAUAGAGAGCUGCAUUG